GUCAAGCCAACUGCUGAAACGUAGCACUUGGACGAUUCGCAGCCCACAUAAUCGGCUGACCCUGAACCUGCCCUAGAAACGUUCGCGCCAGGCCCCUACUACGCCAUUAUCAAAUUCUGCUGUAGUUGCAAUGAUGCAGUCUUUGAACCGCCCUCCUGCGUGUACGCCGCGCGGUGUGCCAUGCCUUCCCAACCGGAUGCCAGUGGCUCCGACCCGCGCCCUGACCGCUCGCCCCAGCCGUGCUUCGAAGCUAGUGGUUCAUGCAGAGGCUAACGAAUUUGGACUGGCCCCCGCGCAGCCCAAGACGCCAUAUGGCGAGAUGCUGCAGUAUUACCUGCGCAUGGAGCCGCACCUGUUCCGCACGGCCGUGGAUAGCGAGCUGGCCAAGCUGCGCGAUGAGAAGCGCGAGCGCCGCGCCAAGGAGGAGACGCUGGCGGCCAGCAGCGACGGCACCGAGCUGGCGCUGUACAAGCGCAUGGAAGAGGUGCGGGCUCGCGAGGUGCGGUCCACGCUGGAGGACCUGAUGUACGUGUCCAUCCUGGAGAAGUUCCUGCUGCUGGGGGUGGACAUGCUGCCGCGCAUGGACGGCUUUGUGGACCCGCCCAACACCAACCUCAAGGCGCUGACGGAGGGCAUCCACAGCCGUGAGGCGCUGGAGCUGGUGCGGGAGCACCUGCUGCAGAUCAUGGGCCCCACAGCCAGCGCCUACAGCACCGCCUACGUCAAGAUGAGCAAAUUCCAAAUGGCGCAGGUGUACGCCGCCAGUGUGAUGUUCGGCUACUUCCUGCGGCGAGUGGAUCAGCGCUUCCAGCUGGAGAAGGCGCUGGGCACACUGCCGCUCAGCAAGGAGGACGCCGUGGCGCGACUGGAGCGCCUGUUCGCGGCGGCUGAGAGCGUGGAGGACAGUGACAACCCCGACAGCGCUGAUGCCACCACCGUUGACCUGGACUCGCCGGCACCCACCGCACCCUCGCUGUCCAGCCUGGACGAAGACCCAGCCACCUGGGGGCUGCGCGAGAGCGCCCGCCGCGCCGCCAGCAGCGCCGGCGCCUCCAGCUCGGGGCCGGGCGCCGCGUCAGGGGCGGCGGGUGGCGCCAGCCCUCUGCAGGGCGGUGGCGGCAGCGGCAAGCCGGCCAAGGGCAAGAGCGCGCUGCGGCGGUAUGUGGAGUCGUUUGACCAGAACACCAUGGUUGAGACGGCGCGCAUUGUGAGCGUGGAGGGCGCGGCGCUUGUGGAGCGGCAGACCAGCGCGCUGCUGGGCGACAUCAAGAAGCUGACGGCGCAGAUGCAGGAGGCGGUGGGCGACGACGCCGACAGCAUGCAGGAGGCCAUGAGCCGCAUGGCGCGAGCCGUGGAGAACGACCUGGUGGAGACCGUCACCAUGCAGGUCCAGACGCAGCGGCGCUCGGUGCUGGAGGCGGUGGCGUUCGGCACCUUCCUGCGGGACGUGGAGGGCUGGGUGCAGAAUGACUACCAGCUGCUCACACCUCUGCCGCCGCCCAAGCUGCCACCGCAGCAGGGCUUUGCCGCCUGAGCGGUCGUGGGUUGAGUGGCGUCAGCACUGUGUGUGGGCCCGGGAAACCCGCGUGGUCGCGGCGGGAGGGUUAUUGUGAACUGGGGUGUGCCUUUCGAGUAAGGUGUGCCUGGGCCGAGAGCAUGGAUUGACGGCAAGGGUUUAGGCGGGGCUAGACAACCUCUCGAAAGCGGACAAAGGCAAAGCUUGCAGGAGUUAGGGGCGGGGUUGCAGGCUGUACACUAGUGUUGAGUGAAGAUUGAGCCAUUGAAGCAGGGAAGUGCCCGGGAUGCUGGCGAGCGCGUCUGAGAGUGGUGUGUGGUGCGCCGGAAGGUUUUGCAAAGCAUGGGUGAAAGUGACGGCAAGCAGGACAUGCUAGCAAACGUUGACGGAGCAGCUUACUGCUCGGAUUUUGCACUGCGCUAUGAUGAUGGAGCAAAGGGAGCUGGCAAGGGCACGAGGAGGAGAGGUAUGUCCGAGCCCAGGCUGUCCAUCGCGAGGAUGGCAUGCGGGAGCACUGAGCCAUCGAGGCAGGGCACACGCUGCAACUGCCUGCAAUAAGCCCUUGCGGGCCUUAUCAGGUUGUGCAAGAUGGGACUGUUGACGCUGUCACAUGUAAGUUCCAACUUCC